GUGGCUUGGUGCGGGGCCGGGGCCCGCGGGCAGCGCAGCCCGCACGGACCACCAGCACCCCGCAGCCCCGAGGAGCCGCCGCCGCCGCUGUCCCCGAGCUGGUACCGACCCUCAGGGGCCGCCCCGCGCCGCCAUCUUCAACGGCCCCGCCGCCCUCACACAGGACCAAUUGUUGGAAUCUGGGGCUACGUAAACACCAAAUAUUAUUGAAAUAUACAUAAGAAGCUGUCAUAGAAUGGAGAUAUUUUUGCAGAGUCCUGAGCGGCUUGGGUGAAUGGAAGGAAUAAGGGGCUCUUUGGAUACUGCUACUUUAUUGUUGAUGUAAGAAGCAUGGUGAAACUAGUAAUCAAAGUCUCUGCACAAACCAAGACAUCACAAGCAUAGCUUGCAAGUGUCUUUACUGAUUGAGAAGCUAAAAUUAUUUUCUGCCUAUGAAAGCUGGGAAAAUGUUCAGAAACCACUAUCAGGGGGGCCAGUUUGUUGAAAUAUUCAGUGCUCAAGGCAAGAACCCAGGAGCAAAAUGGAAGAUUUUUGGCAACCCAUCAGCUAUAUCAAAAGAAUAUGACAAAGAACUAAAAGGUUUUGUUUUUGUACUUGAAGGAAACAGUCUAAUCAACAAAAUGAAGUUACCAAGGGAAACCAAACAAACUUUGGGACUGGUGCAGCAAUUUCUGACACUUCAGAUUUUUGUGCCAUUGGGAAAAGACUUCUCCACUGAGUUACUGAUAACUGAUUUUGACAAUAUUAAAAGAAGAUUGUAUUUGUCAACAGUCCACAAGGAGUUGUCUGUAACCCCUCUGCAUGCAAAAAUUCCUCUGUUUAUGAUCAAGCGCAAAAUAUGGUGCAAUAUGUGUAUUGACUUGGUAACGUUUACCUAUGAAAUAUUCAGAGGAGCUCUCUUCCGGUCCUUGGAUGGAAUUAUUAUUUCAGCCAACUGUAAGCUAAGAAAGGUCUUCACUUUAAAAUUCAAGCCUCAAAACACAGCUGAGGAAGAUGGUACAUGCAUUGCUACACCUGGGCCAUAUGAGGCCUCAGAUAAUAUUCCUCCAACCUGCCAGCUCAAUUCUGAUGUCCCACAAGUUACACAAGUGCUGGAUCUAAAUGAAAUUCACAAGCCAAAAAUAAAAUGCAGGGAAAAUGCACUGCAAGAAACAGGUAUCUUGGGUAAUAGAGGCAACAUGUGCAACAGUAAAACUCAGGAUGUAUCACAUAUUGCAUUUGGGUCAAAAAUCCUUGGACCACCUCCAUCUUCAAACAGAAGAACCAAUGCAAAGGUACCUGGAAAGGUAACAAAGACCUUAGGUAGCAAAACAUCAUGCCAACUUCAAAAUUCAGGAAUGCCAACUGAAACCAUACCAGAAAUUGAGAGAUUGGAGCUACCACUCUGGCCAUGCAAUGAUACUUUAGAUCAAGGAGGCAAAAGAAGUACUCUCCAAACAACUGCAAAUGAAUAUCAAAAUGACCCUGAAAUUCAGACUCAGAAAACAUCUGUAAGUGGAGAAGCAGAUUUUCAGCUCACCUCACCACAAGUACCAUCACCAGACAAGGACAGUCAUAUAAGAUUAUCUCUAAAAAAUGCAGCCAAACCCACAUGGGAGAUAACCAAUGAUAAAUGGGUGUUUCCAGAGAGGUUCACUGAGAGUAUUCAGUUGGAUAGGAAGGAGCACUUGGGAGCUACUGGAAGUUCAGCCUGCUGUAAUUCACCCUCAGCCCAGAGUGCCUCUGUUGAACAUCACAGGAGGGAAACAGCUGAUCAUCAAAGGAGUAAGAAAGACGUUUUCACAUUUUCAUCAAAACCUCGAUCUGCUCCUUACGGAAAGUCUCUGAAUGUGUCACGUGAAAGUUAUGUUUUCCCACUGGAACUGGAGCUAGACAGUAACAGAGAACAUGAGCAAACCAGAACUGAAGACAGCUUUGAAGGAACAGACAGCAGUGAGGAGGAUGACAAUAGUGAACUCAUCCAGAGUACUGAGAACAUUGAGAACAGCCACAGUAAACAAGGAACAUCUGAUUCAGCAGUUUUUAAAGAGAUUCCAUUAAAUAAGAUGUCACAGAGAAAUGAAUACUCGAAGAAUAAGGAACACAGCAAAUAUAACUUUGAAGAGGCCAUCUUAUCAAAAUCACAGAGUUCCACCACGAGAAAAACAGAAUCUAUUAGCUUUCAGAGAACUUUAAAGCCUAUCCUUUCUCUUUCUCCAAUUCAAAGUAAAUCCAAAUCCUUUAGAGUAAUUAGAAAUGUAUCUGAAUUAACUGAAAGAUAUGAAAGAGUUUCAGAUCAAUUCGAAAGAUCUGUCAGUAAAACAUCUCUCAAGAAAGUCUCAAAUGGAAAUUCAUGUCUGACAGCACAGACUUGUGAGUAUGACAGGAAAAAGUACCAGUCAAAUAGACUGAGUUCAUCUGAACUACAGACACUGGCCAGCAUGAAGAGACAACAAAAUGAAGAAUUAUGGGAUGCUGGGGUCUCCCAUGGGCUGAGCGCCGCACAGAUCGAUUGCUGCAAUGUCAACCUAAAUAUAGGUGAUGAUGAUACAGCAAACUGGAACUCUCGUUUCCCACCACCCGUCAGUCAGGAGCAUCACUAUCAGAAAGAAAUGAGCCCACUUUCUCAUUCCAGCCCACGGGACUGCUUAAAUGUGUUCAGUCCCCCUAUCAUUCCUGGAAGCCAACAACUAGAAGAGAACACUAAAUCUUCAACAAAAGAGAGAACUCCAGGUGAAGAUCACCCCAGUGCUGAAGAAGAUGAGGAAGUUUUGACUCUUUUGUAUCUGAACUGUUACUUUGACCUGAAUUCUGGGAAAUACUAUGAAUUGGCAUAGUCAGAACAUCAGAGGAUAUUAUUUUGUAUUCAUAGUAUCUUCUGACUUCUUGCAAAAUCUGACUGAGCCAUAUAAUUUAUUCUAUAACUUAAAUUAAACAAUAGUUUUGCAACCAAAUUAAUAUAUUUGGAAAACUGUGUCUUAUUUUUAUAGAUUGUAAUGCAGCGGAAGAUCACAUAGCAUAAAAGUUCCUUGUGUCUAAGACAGUUAUUUGCUAGUCUAAUUUAUUUCCAAUAUUCACAGCUUCCAUAUAAAAACAAAUGAAACUGAAUCAAGAAGGUUGGUGGUGUUUAUGUGUAAAUCAUAGCUUUACUCAAAUAAAAAAAAAUUACUUGUUUACUGUGUAUUUUGUGAGGUGCUGAGGGUAUCAGCUGCUGUCAGCUCUCCUCCUGUAACAACACAGGGCUGAAGAGUGGUGAGGGGCUGCCCAACACUCCAAAACUGGAGUUUUGUUUCAGGUAAGGCAGGGAGGUGUGUACGUGGUUCGUGUGGGAAGCUGUGCUCGGAGAGCAGGUCCAACAUGU